UAAAGUUAAAAAAAAUAAUAUGAGGGAGAUAAAGGGUUAAGACACUUUUGAUAGUCUCAGUCAAAAUGAUCCAAAUGAUUUAAAUUGUGAUUCAUAAUAAUUAAAAAUUAAAAAUUACAUUGAGGUUGAGAAUGAAAUUAUUAGUAAUUAGAAUUCAAAUAGUUUUUUAAAUUGUUUAUAGAAUUAGGAUAGUUUAUACCCAGAAAAAGAAUCAAAUAUAAAUUAACAUAAUAAAAAAGUUGAACUUCAGUCAACAGUUCCGCUACUAAACUAAAGCUUGAAUGUUGUUGAGAAUUAAUAAAAAGAAUAACCUGGUAAAAAAAUUCUGAUUUAUCUCUUAGGAGAAAAUUUAAAAAAUUAAAAAUUGAUCGAAUUUGAUCACACAAUCAAGGUUUUGUAAGUUUUAUAUAAUUUCUUGAAAUAAAAAUAAUUAAAUUAACUAGAUUAAAUAGAUUAAAUUGAUUAAGUAAUAAUGUAUAUUAAAAAUGUUAAAUAAGAGAUUGAUUCCUAAGAGUAUAAUCAAAAGGACACUAAGAAAAUAGAAAAGAACUUUGAAUAAUUUAAGAAGAAAAAGUUUUAUGAUGUUAAUAAAUUUAAACCUAAAAGAUUCUUAACUAAUAUUUACAAUAUAAUUGCGAGUUAAUUAAUUUUGUAAGAAAAAAAAAUAUGCAAAUAAAAAUUGAAAGAAUGCUAUUUUUAGUUGUCAAAAAAUUGGAUUAAUCUUCUAGACUUUACAAAAACAGAAACAGAGAACAAAAAAAUAAAAAAAGAGAUCAAAUAUGAAAAUAAACAAUUAUAAAAUUUUUUAAAUUUACUUAGAAAUAAUAAUAAUUCUGAGAUUUCGGAAAAUGUUAAGUACUUUUAAAAUAAACAUUAUGGAAAAUAUAGUUUCUUAGAGAUUGCUCUAAAUUUACUUUAAAUACUAAAAAUCUAAUGGAAUGAUGAUAAAAUCAGAGAUAAUAUAUUUGAAUUAUUGAAAGAAGUUGUACUAAAGAAACAACAUAAAUAUCAAUCUAAAAGAGCAAUCAAUUUUAAUAAAUAAAAUAUUAUUAGUUUGAUGUAUAAAAAGGAAAAUAAUAAUGAGGUUGUUGACGAAGAAGUAAUAACGGAAAUUCAACAACUUCUUGAGGGACCUAUAAUUUAUCCAUAAGAAUAAAAAAAAAAAUAAAGUUGAAUACGAU